CUCCUCCCAGGUAGGGAGCGCGCAGCCUGUCACCGCACCCCGACGGCCAGAGCGCAUUGCCUGGGGCUGGGGCCGUGGCGCUGAGCGCAAGAUGUGAGCCUUGGAAGACCUACCUCUGUGGCCAGAAAUCGAGCAGGAACGCAUCUGCCUGGACCACUCAGAAGCACCUUUUCCUGAGAUCUGAUCAAGAGGAGGGGAGGCGAGUGACAGCCCAUCAGCCCGAAAUCCACACCUCCCCAGUGUGGUUUCGAAUGCUGUAGCUGAACAUCUCAGAGGAAUCAGGGAGCUCCCAGGAUGGCUGUCCAGCCGGGCGACAUGAAUGUGGUGGAAAAAACACAUAACAUAUCGAUGGACGAGUGUUUCCAGUCUCAAAGCACCGUCCUGAAGGGGCAGCCCUUUGGAGGUGUCCCUACAGUGCUGUUCAUCAAUGUUUUCUUGUGGCUGCUCCUCAUUGUGAUUUACUCCUUCCUCCGGAAAGCCGCGUGGGACUACGGGCGCCUGGCUCUGCUGAUGCACAAUGACAGCAUGACCUCGCUGGUCUAUGGGGAGCACAGUGAGAAGACUUCGCCCUCCGAUAUCUCCUUGGAGAUAGAAGACAAGGACAAGGGCUUCUAUACCUGGUUCUUCAACACCAUCUCCAUGAAGAACGAAGACCUGAUCAACAAGUGUGGCGAUGACGCCCGCAUUUACAUCAUGUUCCAGUAUCAUCUCAUCAUCUUCGUGCUUAUCCUCUGCAUCCCCUCCUUGGGCAUCAUUUUGCCCAUCAACUACACUGGAAAAGUUCUGGAAUGGAACAGUCACUUUGGGCGGACCACCAUCGUCAAUAUCUCCACAGAGAAUAAGAUCCUGUGGCUCCACUGCUGCUUCUCCUUUUUCUACUUUGUCACCAACAUCAUGUUCAUGACUCAUCACUGCUUGGGGUUUGUGCCCAAGAGGAGCUACAAGGUCUCAAAGACACUGAUGGUCACCUUUGUCCCCAAGGACAUCCAAGACCCGGAAAUCAUCACUAAGCAUUUCCAGGAGGCCUAUCAAGGGUGCGUGGUGACCAGAGUCCACUUCUGCUACGACGUGAGGACCCUGGUCGACUUGGACGAUCAGAGACGCCAUGCCAUGCGGGGCCGGCUCUACUAUACCGCCAAGGCCAAGAAGAGUGGGAAGGUGAUGAUCAAGAUCCACCCCUGCUCUCGCCUCUGCUUCUGUGACUGCUGGACUUGCUUCAAGGAGGUAGACGCUGAGCAAUAUUACAGUGAGCUCGAGGAGCAGCUGACCGACGAGUUCAACGCUGAGUUCAACCGAGUGCGAAUGAAGCGUCUGGACCUGAUCUUUGUCACCUUCCAGAGCUCCAGGAUGGCGAAGCAAGUCCUGGACGAUUACAAGUUCAUCCACUGCGGUAUGCCUCCCCACCAGUCCUCGGUCACCACCAUGGUCAAAUCCCACCAGUGGAGGGUCUCCCUGGCCCCACACCCCAAAGACAUUAUUUGGAAACACCUCUCAGUCCGCCGCUUCCACUGGUGGGCCCGCUUUAUCUUAAUCAACACCUCCCUCUUCUUCCUCUUCUUCUUCCUCACCACGCCUGCCAUCAUCAUGAACACCAUCGACAUGUACAAUGUCACCCGCCCCAUCGAGAACCUGCAGAGCCCAAUUGUGACCCAGUUCUUCCCCUCCCUGCUGCUCUGGGCCUUUACAGUGAUACUGCCUCUGAUUGUCUACUUCUCGGCCUUCCUCGAGGCCCACUGGACCAGAUCAAGUCAGAAUCUGAUCAUAGUGCACAAGUGCUAUAUCUUCCUGGUGUUCAUGGUGGUCAUUCUGCCUUCGAUGGGGCUGACCAGCUUGGAUGUCUUUUUCCGGUGGCUUUUUGAUAUCUACUAUCUGGAACAGGCAUCCAUCAGAUUCCAGUGUGUGUUCCUGCCAGACAAUGGCGCCUUCUUCGUCAACUACGUCAUCACGGCAGCUUUGCUUGGCACAGGCAUGGAGCUGCUACGCCCGGGGGCUCUCUUCCUGUACUGCACUCGCCUCUUUUUCUCCAAGUCGGAGCCAGAGAGAGUCCACAUCAGAAAAGACCAUGCCUUGGACUUCCAGUAUGGGCGCGAAUAUGCGUGGAUGAUAAACAUCUUCAGCGUGGUGAUGGCAUACAGUAUCACCUGCCCUAUCAUCGUCCCUUUCGGGUUGCUCUACCUGUUCAUGAAGCACAUGACGGACCGCUACAACAUGUACUACUCCUACGCUCCCACCAAACUCAACGAGCAGAUCCACAUGGCCGCAGUCAACCAGGCCAUCUUCGCACCACUCCUGAGUCUCUUCUGGAUGCUCUUCUUCUCCGUGCUACGACUAGGUUCGGCCCACGUCAUCACCUUCUUUUCCCUUUCCAUCCUCAUCCUCUCCACGGUAAUUGCCUGCUUUGGCUCUCUUCUGGGGAGACUUCGGACCGUGCAUGACCUCGCGCCCGAGGAAGAAAGGGAAACCGUGUUUGACAUGGAGCCAAGCAGUACCUCCUCCACGCCCACCUCCCUUCUCUACAUGGCCACCGUGCUGCAAGAGCCAGAGAUGAACCUGACCCCAGCCUCGUCCCAAGCCCGGUUAAGCUACGGCAGCAUGAGCAGACAGCUGGGAGAGGAGGACGAGGCGAGUGUUGCGUCAACGGGCUUUGUCAGGGAGCUGGACUCGACCCAGUUCCAGGAAGGGCUGGAACUGGAGCACGAGGGCCAGUACCAUUGACCAGGACCCAAGGCCUCCACCUGGCGACUCCAGCUGGGAGUGGCAGCCAGGGGCUGGCUGGGCAGGAGGGCAGCCUGGACCUCCUGGCUACUUCCUGCAGACUUUGGGGAGGCCCGCGUGGAGCUGCCUGCCGCCCUGGCCACCGGCCUGUGGAGGCCCCUCCUGCCGCCCUGCUGGGCAGUGCAAAGGGACCCGGAUGGGUCGGAGGAGACAGGCUGGCGCCACGUCUUGGGAAAGGUGGCUGAAGCUUUGGGCACGGCGACUGAAGGUUGGGGUACUCUGCUGGGGUGGAGACAGAGGAGAUACGCAAGAGGGAGGAGGUAGAAAGAGGCCCACCAAAGACUCUCGGGGCCCUCGCCACCCCCCACCAGCCACCCUGCCCAGGAGCUGCUGCUGCAGUGGCCGCCCAGCCCACCCUCCCCUGCCCACCCUGCCUCUGCAGUCUGAGGGGGCGAAGGCUCGUGUGCUGGGCCUCGCCGACAAGCACAGGUGAACAUCGUGUCCGGGUGCCCUGCGUGGGCAUCCAUGAAGAGUUUCUGCACCGUGCAGAGCCAGGAGUAACUGAGAACACAGACCUGACACAGACCCGAGAGGCGCGUCCGAGGCCCUCCCAGACUCUGGCCCGCACCAGAUGUCCCCAGGAGCAGCGGGGUCGAGUCCCUUCUCCUUCCUGUUCUUGCAAGAGCAGCUGGGGCUCCGUCACUCGGGCUCAUUAAACGAGACCUGUGUGCAUUUUGAUGAAGGCAGCCUCGGCUGGUUAAUGUCCGGUGGGGAGGGGCAGAGGCAGAAUCCAUGGAGGGGUCUUCUCCCAAAAUCCUGGGGGAAGGGAAACUAGAUCAACCGCCCCACACCCCAGAGCCUACUGAGAGGACCCCCAAGGCCAAGACUGGCCACUGAGAGCUGUCCCUGCCGGCACCCGGCGUGCCUGGCCCCACCCUGGGAAGAAGUCCAUCCUUCAGACUGAGGGCACCGGCUUUCCUGGGCCUCCGGCCCUCUCCUCUGGGGCCUGGACUGACAGCCACUCAGAGUGGCGUCCAGGGUAGUCCUAGCUCAGACUGGGGUUGCCCUGCAAGAGUGCAGGCGUGAGGGGCCUGUGUCUUCCAUAAAGACGCCCUUUCUGUCCUCCCAGGGCGGCCAGGAGCAGAAUCCUGGCCAGUAACAGUGCUGGUGAUGCGUGGCGCCUGUGCUGCUGGAGGGGAGCGGACCCCGACCAGGAUACUAAGCAGCUGAGGGAGGGACUGGGAAAGGACCAGCUGGAGCUUCCAUAAGCCGGAACAAGUCCAGUUGAAUGGGGUCCCCAUAUUCUAGGGUUCUCCUGAGCUCCAAACAUCUGGGUCCAUGCAGCCAAACUGCUGAAGGAGGGCCCCCACACACCCCUGCGCUCAGAUCACCUGGGCCUGGUCCUUUCUCCACCUUUGUCUACAUUUCAGCCUGAGAAGCUCCAGGCCUCCCCCAGGCAAGAGAUAGCACUUAAGGAGCAAAACAGCCCCUCUCCCCAGGUCUCGGCCCAAACUUUGGCUUGAGGCGUCUCUCAGCAGGCCUUGGAUUGACUGGGGAGGUGGUCUGUCCCCCUCCUUGUCUGGCUAGGAAUACGGAGGAAAUCAUACCCAGAACCGCUUACCUGUCAGGCCCCAGGACCUCUGCCCAGGCAUCUCCCCCACCAACAAGGGGAAGCGCCCUUCUGGGCAGAGAGGCCAGGGCAUCCACAGGGAGCCCUGUGAGGAGGCGGCCGGCUCAGCCCUGCCCAGCUGCAGCCUGUCCCAGUGUGCGUGCUGGGGUGUCUCAGCAGACAAGGCUGCAGGCUCUCUUGUGUCAGCUGCUAGCUGCUGGUGCCUGCCCCCUUCUGCUGCAGCCCCCCCUGGGCUGUUUCUGCUGCUCCUUCUGUCCCUCUCUCCUCUGCUGACCACCUCAGCCUGUGGACGCUACGUAUAGAGGCUUCCCAGCAGGAAACAUGGCUGCACGGCUGAGGGCUCCUCUCUCUGAAUUUGGGUCAAGGGGGUCUGGUUCUGAGAAAGCAGGGGCCUCAGCCUGCUGAGCACCUCCCACACCACAUUCUAGCCCCCAAGCACACCCCUGCUCUCAGCCCAAAGCCUCCACCCACUGCCACCCCACCUUGCACCGCCAGCGGGCCUCCCCCUGUCACGGAACCACCCUCUCUCCAACCAAAUCCUUUCUAGAGGGAGCUGCCCCAGGUGAGGAGGGGGUGGGGUGAUAUUGCCUAGAACCUCCCAGAAGUGCCCCACCAGGCCUGGAGCAGCUCCAUGCCUGCCUGCCUCUUCCUCAGAAGCUUCUGGAAGCAAAGUGCCUAUCAGUAGCAUUGCAUCCUUUGGGGGCCCGGUGGGGGUUGGACUUCCCUUGGCUACCACCACUAAAGGAAUGUACCAGAAUGCCGAACCUUCUUGUUACUAAUGCUAUGACCGUGCCUUGAAUAAACAAGUCCUCCAACCUC